AUGGACGCGGCUGCCAAGAAAGCGGUCCGGCGCGCCAACGCGCCGCAGUGGAAGGUCGCCGUGGGCGUGGGCAUCGGCUUGGCGUUAGCCGCGGCGCCGCUGGCCUUCAAGGAGGUCAGGGCGCGGGAGCAAUCGGUGGCGCAGAUGCGAGACGCGCAGUACGAUAAGCAGGGUUCCAAGGAUGACGCGCGAGACGCGCGGCUCAAGAGGGGCAAGAAGUGA